UAACAGCUUAACGUUGUUGACAUUAACAAAGUGCAAACUCUUGUUGAUCCUCGUUAUUAUCGCCCUUGAUUUGAGUUAUUUCCUCUUUCAGUUGAACUACUUACUCUUUCACGCCCACACUCACUGAUACUUCUUCAUCAUCUUCUUCUCCUUCAUUAUCUUCCUCCUUCAACUCAACCUCGAUUUUCUCUCUCCUCAACAACAAUGGCGUCAACAGCUCUCUCUCACUCCCUCACCUCUCCUCUCAAUUCCCACUCUUCUCUCUCUCAUCGCACCAAUCGCACUCUCUCUCCCAACUUCUCUCCCCCAAUUCCCCUCUUAAAAUUCAGAUCUCUUUCUCUCUCCUCCUCAAUUCCUCCCUCUUUCGUCACCCGCGCUUCUUCCGACGCUUCUGCUAGCAAUUCCACCGAUGAAAUUCCCAUUGAAAAGCGAAUUCCGGCAUUUCCCACUGUUAUGGAUAUUAAUCAGAUUCGCGACAUUUUGCCACACAGGUUUCCGUUUUUGCUAGUGGAUAGAGUGGUAGAGUAUAAUCCAGGAGUUUCCGCAGUUGCGAUUAAGAAUGUGACAAUUAAUGAUAAUUUCUUUCCUGGCCAUUUUCCUGAGAGGCCUAUUAUGCCUGGUGUUCUCAUGGUUGAGGCAAUGGCACAAGUUGGUGGUCUGGUCAUGCUGCAACCAGAAGUUGGUGGUUCCCGUGACAAUUUCUUCUUUGCUGGUAUUGACAAAGUAAGAUUCAGGAAGCCAGUGAUUGCUGGGGACACUUUGGUGAUGAGAAUGACACUCGUCAAACUACAAAAACGCUUUGGUAUAGCAAAAAUGGAAGGCAAAGCAUAUGUUGAUGGUGAGGUAGUUUGUGAAGGAGAAUUUUUGAUGGCAAUGGGUAAUAGUUCAAGUGAAUGAUCAUGUCUUCAAGAUUUUUAUUUGUUUUUGCAACAUUAAUUUAAACUAGAAUUUGCAGAAGACAAAAAUCUUCUGUAAUUCUUUGUCCACUCGGAAUCCUGUAGUACCUAAUACAUGAGUUGAAGAGUGCAAUUUAGAUUAUUUUAUUAUGCUUUC